GGCACCGCGCGUGGCCGUGGGCCCACAACGCCUUCGCCCCGCGGCGGAUGGCAGCGGGCUGCGUGCGGGCUGCCAUGGCUCUGGGGCUCUCCUCCAAGAAAGCGUCCUCCAGAAACAUCGCCGUGGAGAGGAGAAACCUCAUCACCGUCUGCAGGUUCUCGGUGAAGACGCUGCUGGAGAAGCACACUGCUGAGCCCAUCGACGACUCCUCUGAGGAGUUCGUCAACUUCGCCGCCAUCCUCGAGCAGAUCCUCAGCCACCGCUUCAAAGGUACAGCAGGGGCCUCCCCCCCCCCCCCCCCCCCCCAUCCCCUUCCUGUCCCCCCAUGUCCCAGAUGGGGACACAAACUCCCAGCGCCGUCCCCAGGCCCCGUCAGCUGGUUCAGCUCAGAUGGGCAGCGUGGCUUUUGGGAUUACAUCCGCCUGGCCUGCAGCAAGGUGCCCAACAACUGCGUCAGCAGCAUCGAGAGCAUGGAGAACAUCAGCACCUCCAGGGCCAAGGGCCGGGCGUGGAUCCGCGUGGCGCUGAUGGAGAAGCGCAUUUCUGACUACAUCACCACGGCACUGCGGGACUCACGGACCACCAGGCGGUUCUAUGACGACGGGGCCAUCAUGCUGCGGGAGGAAUCCACGCUGCUGGUCGGGAUGCUCAUCGGGCUUGGCGCCAUUGACUUCAGCUUCUGCCUGAAGGGCGAGGUGAUGGACGGCAAGGUGCCAGCAGUCAUUGACUACACGCCGUACCUGAAGUUCACACAGAGCUACGACUACCUGAGCGAGGAGGAGGAGCGGGGCAGCAUGGGGAGCAGCACCAGUGAGGACAGCUCUCCUGAGCACCCCUACCUGCCGCUGGUCACCGACGAGGACAGCUGGUACAACAAGUGGCGCAAGAUGGAGCAGAAGUUCCGCAUCGUUUACGCCCAAAAGGGGUACCUGGAGGAGCUGGUGCGGCUGCGGGAGUCGCAGCUGAAGGACCUGGAGGCGGAGAACAAGAGGCUGAAGCUGCGGCUGGAGGAGGCGGUGGUGCAGAACCAGCUGGAGAAGAAGGAGCUGGAGGGCGUCAUCCUGGAGCUGCAGGAGCAGCUGACGGGGCUGAUCCCAUGUGAGAACCCCCAGCUGGCGCAGCUCUCCAAGGAGAUGGUGACACCUUUGGUGAACCAGUGGCCAUCGCUGGGGACGCUCAAUGGCAACGAGAGCGGCUCGGACAGCAAGCUGUACAGGAGGCACAGCUUCGUGAGCACCGACCAGCUGUCGGCCGAGAACAGCCUCAGCUCCGACUCCCAGCGCCUGGGCGAGGGCAAGCGCGAAGGCGAGCCCUGGGGGCCCUUGGGGAAGGACCCCACGCCCUCCAUGCUGGGGCUCUGCGGCUCCCUGGCCUCGCUGCCCAGCUGCAAGUCCCUGGCCAGCCUCAAAUCCAACGAGUGCCUGGUGAGCGACAGCAACGAAGCCAGCCCAACCCGCAGCCCCAGCUGAGACCCCCGCCCCCCCCGUCCGGCAGCGCCGCGGAGGACUGAACCUCAUCCCCUCCUUGCUGGGACCGACGGAGGAUGAAGGACGCAGAGCCGUCGGGACGGGGAUGGGACGUGAAUGCCCCCAUAUCCACCGAGCUGGGCAGGGGGGUGAUGAACUGUGCGGCACGGGGAACCCUGGAGAACGCUGCUGGGUGCAGAGGAGGGGUCUGGGCUCAAACACCCCCUCCUCAGCACCCAUGGGACCCGACUGCUUCUCCUGCAACACCAUCCCCGAAACUGAUAGGAACCCACUCCCCUCCUGCUCCCUUCUCCCUUUGGGUUUGGAUUCAACCUCAUCUUGCCUUGUUGGUGCAAAAGGAAUCAAUAAACGCAGCGAUAGGAGCUGGGCUCUGCGUGCAGCCAGGGGGUGGGGGAAAAGAGCAAAGCGCCCCCCAGACGCG